GUUCCCUCGCCGUGAAUCCGCCACCUACCCUAGAUUCAAAUGCCAAAGGGCAAAAAAUGGAUAGAUCCUAAAUACUGCGUGAGGUACGAACUGGUAGACGUGCCCAUCGGGGAACUCAGCUCGGCGGAUGGUGCGCCCAAAAAAGCGUUGAAGCUUGUCAGAGAUCAGAGGCCCAAAAGCUGGAAAAAAAAGAGUUCGUUGAAUGUGGGCGCGUUGCUUGGUCCAGACGAGGUCGCCGAGGCCACGUUGAGUCUCGAGGAGUCUCUAGCUCGCACCUUUUUGGAAGACCGGACGUGCAUCGGCGAGGAUGACUACGACUAUGAACAGCACCUGAUUGAGGGCGGAAAGGACCCGAACGCGAUAUUCCUGUCGAGAGACGGAGUCGUUUCGCGAGUUGGCGAUCUCAUGAAGGGCGUGAUUGGGAGCGAGUCCAAUACCGUCUCUGUCGACUUGGGACGUCUCUCCGAGGUGUCAGCUAGCGGCGUCAACUUCUUAAACAACGAAUCGUGCGGAGAAGAAAUAGACCGAGAGGUGCUCGACCUGCUGGAAAGCGAUGAAGAGAACGGAGAGGUCGAAGAAGAGGUCACUAUGCUGGACGAAAACCUGUCUGUCUCCAUCCAGAAGGUCCAUGCAGGUUUGGACGAUGACUUUGUUCAACAAGCAAACCGUUCGACGAAAACCGAUUUCGACGACGAAUGUCCAGAUCUUACGACCUCAUUCAAGUCCUUCCACACUCCACAAAACGAAUCCUCCUUAGAUGACCUGGAUGACAUCGAUGACCCAACCUGGAACCCCGACUUGGCGGAGCACAACCGUCUUCAAGCAAUGACCGAAUUCCAACGACUAACUCACCAAAAAGGAUAUUCGACAGCUUCCAGCGCGACUCUCGUUCACUCCAACCGCACUCCCUCUUCUACCUGCCUACGCGCCGCGACCGCCCCCGACGCCGCUCCUACCUCCUCCCUCCCUAUCGAAAAAAAAAUCGCCCAAAACCGCUUCCUAUCGACUCUCGCCGACUACGAAAAUUCUCAAAGUUCCGAGGAAAUUUUGGGGCUGCAGGACAUUUCCGUCUACGAGCGCGAGCUGGACGACUUCCUGAGCCAGGCCACCCUGUUGGGACUGAAGCCCGAAACUCAGCAAAAAGGCCCCAGGUCCAGGAGAAUCGACAACUCGAGACCAGCGCCCCCCCCAGAUGACCGCCAUAUGCGGCAAACGCACCAAGAGGGGGGCACAAGCGUUCUCGCGAAGGAAAGCGCGAACGACGAAGAAAACAACAACAUCACCUCAGACAACUGCUUAUCUGGCGACGCCGCAAUGGACAGCAGCAGCGGUACGAUGACAGAUGACAGCAACCACACUACGGCGCCAGAUGACGACGGCCAAGGUGAUGACGCGUAUCUCACCAAUUCCUGUUGCUACGAACGCUCGUCAGACUCCGACUCUCUAAGCGAUGAUCUCCGAGUCGAUCACGGUCCUCCUCCCCACUGCGACCCAGCCAACACCGACAAUCCCCCGGACGUCGAGUACGUCGAGUGGACCGACCUCGGCGAAAAUUCAUCUCUCGCGCCCCGCCUGGUCGACGUGACCCAGUACUUGUCCCAUCGAUUCAGUCUCAGCCGCCAAGGAAUUCCGAAAUACGUCCUGGAACACGGGAGAAAAAAAAAGCGGCAGCAGCGAAAAAUCCAACUGAAACAAAUAAUGGAAUCCGUACUUGAAUUCGACUCGUCCAGCAAGGGAACGAACAUGGGCGUCGCUCGACCAAAGGGAGAGGACCCAAAUGAUCGCAAAUUGAGAAAGAAAAACUGUAAAUCAGAGCGACGCAAACGAAGAGAAGAAAAAAAAGUUUUGAAACAAUCAUACAAAUCUGAAGAAAUGAAACAGAAGAAACUCAGCCAACACCCCCAAGUCGGCGUCACCGUCCUCACACUGUAAUCGCAGGGUAUUAAAAAUCCUACUCGAACGUUGCUUUCAAAUCGGCCCCUGACGCCCAGCUAGACCCCCUAUUUUUUUUUUUCGAACACAUGCGACAAAUCACAGCAAUGGAUCACAACCUCGCUCUAUACCUAGAACAUAACUUCCAUUUCUUUGUUCUCACUAUAUUAGACCUGUCGGCCACCGCCGUCGAAAGAGAGACCUUUUUGCAAAGGGCAGACCUUGAGUGGCAUGCUCGGUCCCUCUCUUUUUGAAGUCGCGCAUAACCAGUAUAAAAAAUUGUUACACCUACUAUCGUUCAAUACUAACCAAAAGAAUGUCCACUAAGCACGUCCAAACACAUCCUCUGCUACAUGUUCUCGUGCGCACGCACUACUCGUACCUCUCUCUCUCUCUUCAGACCAAUCGUCGUCACAAGAAGCAUGUUUGUUGUGUAAUGUGGCUCUCGUAAUCUGGCCCAAUACUGGCUGGCGUCGUGGGGGCCAAAACAAUAACUUUGCUAUCGUUACAGGUGUUCCAACUCACCAUACACACUUUCGGAAGUCUAGUUUUCAUUCUUCUCGCGGCUCAUGUCGAAGUGAUUUCUCGUAUAGCUCUUUGUCAGAUGGAAACUCCAUGCUAAAUUCGUCUUCCAGCAGCGAUAUGACGUGAGGGUCAUACUCUAUCUUAUAGUCUUCCAUUUGGUAAAGUACAAUAUCGUCAAUGACUCUGGCAAGCAGCUUCAUUUUCGUAAAAUUUACAAAGGGUUUGCCGUUGUGGUCUAUUAUCUCAGGAUUUCCGUCUUCAAUAAAGGUCAGAUCCCCUAGGUAGAUACCAAUGUAGGGCAUUAUAGGCAUCGCUCCCGUUUUCAUCAGUUGACGUAGCUUCUUGAAGCUGCCUUCGGAAUUGAUCGUCUGCUUGAACGAUUCCAGCAUUUUUAUGCUCGAGGGUUCGACAGCCGACCAGGUCUUCUUCAAACGCGCGAUAGGUGCGGACUCGCACGCCGCGAUCACGGCAGUCAGCGAGUGGUAGUUACGUAGCUCGUGCAAAUGGAACCCCAACUUGAUAACCCAAUUAAGCGCCACAGCGCGUUGAUCCACGGACGGAAUGGAAAUGACAAGGUUGGUCACCCAAACCGACAAGAUGUUAAACAGAUCAAUGCAACGAAGUAUGUGUAAAGCGUGAUAUCUCCCAUUCUCGCGUGCCCACGCCUGAUUGAUGCAUUCGCUGGGAGUGAUACAUUUGUACACGCUGUGGUUAACUAGAGUGAGUUGUUCAGCAAAAGAUUUUGGAGAUAUCGCCGUCACCAAGUCCUCCAAGUACGACAUGAUAUGCGGCUUCUUGUCGACGAUCGUCGCCUUCUUGCUCGACGAGGAGCCAAGUGACAGGCGCGAUUUCAGAGGUGCACUGUUUGAACCACUCCUGGGAUGCCUUUGUUUCUUCGACAACGGAACAUCUUGUUUCUCGAGCGGCUGCGACAGGGUUCCGCCAAGGGUCUGCGUCUUGGUCGCAGAAGAAUAGGUCGCUGCCAUGCUAUUUCUUGUUUUGAUGUCCAAUUCUCGAUUCUGUCCCGCACCGCCCAUUCUAUUGUAAGACGCCAACGGCGCCAAUUGUACGUCCUUACCCACGGAACGCUGGCCGGCCUCCGCACUCUGUCGAAGCACGCGGCUUGUAAUAGAGUGGCUGUGUUCGUUCGUCACACCUCUCUUGCCAAACGCCUUCAAUACUUCAAAAACUGCAUCUGAUUCCUUCCUGUAAGAUUUGUCUUGCUUCCAGGCACUGAACCUCUGGUCAAUCUU